AUGGCCAUUUCCUUAACUCAGCAACCCUCACCUCGCACCGACAUCUGCAGAGCAAUUGAGUUGCUGGAAAAAUUGCAGAGAAGUGGAGAAGUGCCACCACAAAAGCUACAGGCAUUGCAAAGGGUCCUUCAAAGUGAAUUCUGUAAUGCUGUAAGGGAGGUGUAUGAACACGUAUAUGAAACUGUGGAUAUCAGCAGUAGCCCAGAAGUUAGAGCUAAUGCAACAGCAAAGGCCACUGUAGCUGCAUUUGCUGCUAGUGAAGGUCAUUCCCAUCCCAGAGUGGUCGAACUACCCAAAACCGAAGAAGGUCUUGGUUUCAACAUUAUGGGAGGCAAAGAACAAAAUUCUCCAAUCUAUAUCUCUCGAAUUAUCCCCGGCGGCAUAGCUGAUAGACAUGGAGGCCUGAAACGUGGAGACCAGCUGCUUUCUGUAAACGGAGUGAGUGUCGAAGGUGAACACCAUGAAAAAGCAGUAGAACUGCUGAAGGCAGCUCAAGGAAAAGUUAAAUUGGUUGUCCGAUACACGCCAAAGGUCCUGGAAGAAAUGGAGUCGAGAUUUGAAAAAAUGAGAUCAGCGAAACGCAGGCAGCAAAAUUAACAUUGUAUGCAAUAAGUUAAAGAGAAAUAUAUUCCAUUUACAUUUUAUA